GCCAACUUAGCGACUUUGUCGCUAGAUUUAGCGACUUUUCAGACCCCCAUAGCGACUUUUUUCCAAAAAAGCGACUAGCGACAAAUCUGGCGACUUUUUUUGACAGACCUUAUUUAGUCUCUGAGACUCUCCGGUACUGCCGCACGAGCUCUCUCUCUCUCGCUCUCUCUCUCUCCCAGCGUGCGCACACGCCUCUCUCUCUCUGCAUCUGCUUCUGCUAUGUUCAGCGAGCAGAGAGAAGCAGCACUUUCAGUUAAAAAAAUAUAUUCUGUUGCUUCUAACUCUAUUUUACAUAAAAAUUUUGCCGAAAUCACAGUACAAUCAUUAUCUUAAUCUUAUGUGUAUGUGAUUUCAUUAGACAAUGUCGUGAAUAGGAUUUUAGUGCAGAGAUUAACAUCUUUGAGAGCUGGUUAUGUAUUCUUAAUGGACCGCGUUUCAGUCAUUAUAAUAUUAAUUCCGUUGUCGGACAACAGAAACAUUAAAAUAUAAUAAUAAAAAACUUUUAUUGAGAAUUUUGGCUGCCUUAAAACGCAGUACGUGAGCAUAGAAAGGGCAAGAUAAUAUGACGCACUUACGUCAUGAAUAUGCUAAUUAGCAUAUGACGUCAUCUAGCGACAUUUAGCGACUUUUCAGGCAGGGUUUAGCUACUUUCCAUUGAAAGAAGUUGGCAACACUGGUUUCUUCACCUAUCUGUGCACAAGAGCACCACCGAGCGCGUUCUCUCUGUCUCCAGGAGUAUUUCAGCUUCUUUCCACACACAGCCAGCCCGUUUCAGCACCCCCGGAGGUGUUCACGCACUGAACAUCAUCUCGCAGUCGCGUUCAGUUUGUACGGGUCUAAUUAAAGUGAAUUUGAAGACGACGAGGCACAGAACGAAGCAUCUAGAGCGCGCGCAUCCCUCGGAGAGCGCGAGCAACAUAUGUGCUGCCUCUGAAGACUCGGUACAGCACCUCAGUGUGUCUGAAAACGCGUGAAAAAAACGUUUCACCCGACUGUUGAAAACUUUCAAGGAAUAUUUACGAGCGUUUUGAAGGAUUUCCUGUCAGUAACACUGAGUAAAACUAAUACUUUUGGGGAUAUUUAGAGGACGGAAUACGAAGUGAACGCUGCGUUCCGAGGGGAAUCACAUUUACGCUCUUUCGGUUCCACGCUUCUUUUUGCGGACGGAAGUUUCUGAGUUUUCUAACGGAAAAAAUGGGCUUAACUGGUUAUUUUGAGCUGCAGUGGAAAUGCCUGGUUGUUGUGGCUCUAAGACUGCUGUUCCUUGUGCCCGCAGGAGUGCCAGCGAGAAGCGGAGAUUCUUAUUUAAAGGACAACAUCACUGUCAGACAAGGAGACAGUGCUGUCUUGAAGUGCAAUGUGGACAACAAAGUAUCGCGGGUGGCAUGGCUCAACCGGACUACUAUCCUCUUCACAGGGAAUGAAAAAUGGUCGUUGGACCCCCGGGUGGUCCUGUUAAACACAGCAGUCACCGAAUACAGUAUAAAGAUCAUAAACGUGAACUUAUACGACGAGGGGCCGUACGUGUGUUCCAUCCUCACGAACAAGAAACCAGAAUCAACCAAAGUUCAUCUCAUCGUACAAGUUCCUGCCAGGAUUGUAAACAUAUCAGCGGAUGUUUCGGUGAACGAGGGUAGUAACGUAAGCCUCAUGUGUCUGGCCAUCGGACGACCUGAACCCAGCAUUUUUUGGAAAUUCCGUUCUUCAAAAGGUGAUGGAAAAGAAAGUCAGAAAGGAUUGGGGCUCCCAAGUGAACUAAUGUCUGACCGACAGAUAGGUAAUAGAAUCAUAACUGAGGGUGAAUACGUGGAAAUGACUGGAAUCACCAAAGACAUGUCCGGCUCGUACGACUGCAUCACGUCAAACGACAUCUCGCCUCCAGACGUGAGGACUGUUCAGGUCACCGUAAACUAUCCACCUGUCAUCUCGCGAGCUCGGAGCACAGGAACGGCUGUUGGCCAGAAAGGAGUUUUGUGGUGCGAGGCGUCUGCUGUUCCUCUGGCUGAUUUUCAGUGGUAUAAGGGGGAGCGCAGACUCUUCAACGGACUCAACAGGGUCAAGAUCGAAAACAAGGGGAAACAGUCCAUGCUAACGUUCUUUAACGUCUCGGAAGAGGACUACGGGAACUACACCUGCGUGGCCAUGAACACCCUGGGAAUAACAAAUGCCAGCAUUAUUUUGUACGGCCCUGGAGCGAUACACGACAUGAACAACGCAGCCUUAUCGCCAACCAGCUCAUUCUUGCUUCUGACUCUGGUUUUAACUCUGUCGUUCAUCAGCAAGUUUUGAUGCUAAAGCAGCGUGUCCGUUUCUCCAUACACAAACAGACUCACAGUCCCACACACACAGAGAAGAAGAGUACUUUAUCAGUUAUUAUUAUGGUCAUCAUCAUUUGAAUUAUUUUGUGUGGGUUUAUGAGUCUGUAAUAAGAUGCUUUGGGAUUUAACCGUGUUUUGAAACAGUGAACUGGACUGUGAAUGGAGUCAGUUUGUUAGCUGGGUAGAAAUAAUAUAGAACCACUAUAUGUCUCUCCAACCUUUUGUAUGUGAAAAGAGAAGCAAACAUUCAUGUAAUCGUGAAUAACUGAAUGGUUUUUCGCUCAGUAUUGAACAGUGUGAAUUGAGGUGUCCUGUUUUCCUGUAAAAUAACAUGAUUUUUCUUUCUUUAAAAAAAAAUAAUUGAUAAAAAAAUUACAAACAGCAAAAAAAAAAAAAAAAGAAAGAAAAGAAAUGUAAAAGCUUCAGUGGGCCCAGAAGCUAUUUGGACACUUGAGUCACACUUACAAAUGUCUGAAUGGCAUCAACAAGCAAAUUAUCACUUUUCUCUGAACUUUUCAAUUUUCAUCCUCUUACAUUUUUUCCCCCCAGUUUCUUUUAAUUCCCUUUAAACGUGUUUUUUAGUGGAUGUAUGAAAUCACUUCUCCAGUGUAAUUCAUAGAAUAAACUGCAAUAUGAACAUUGACUUUUUAACAGCUCUAACACCACUACAAUGAUAUUACCUAAUAGAGGACAAAAUAAAUUGCAGAAUUAUCAGCACUUAAGUAAUGGCUGUUGAAAAUAAAGCCUUUCCAUCACAGAAAUAAAUAACAUUUUAAAACUUACAAAAAGAAACAAUGUAUUAAUAUAUUUAAAAAAUGUCUUUUAUUUCUGUGAUGGCAAAGCUGAAUAACUCCAGUGAUAAUGCUACUGUUUGUUUGGUCGAAUGAUUUGUCAUCAUACAAUGACAUUUACGCAUAACGUGUGACAUAAAUGUCCAAAUACAUUUUUGGGGAUGCUGUAUGUGAUAUUUGAUUUACUGUACAUGUACAGAUGUAUGCAAAUACUGUUCACACACACAUAAGAUCUAUGCGUUCAAUAUAAUAUAGCACACAGUUCCUAAAAACCUAGUGCAUCCUCAAAACUCAUCUGCCAUUGACCGUGUUCAAAUGACAAAGGAAUCACACAAUAACCUGCACGUGUUCUUGUACUGAGCUGACAUAGUUCCAAGCAGUAAGACUCCUUACCUAGUCUAAUAUGUUUUACGCUGCUCAUAGAGAUGUUUUUAAUGUAGACGCAGACAGUACGCCCUAAUGUAAGCUACAUCAGAUCUGUUCCUCAUAUAAAGACCCUUAAGGAUGACAGCUGUUGUGAGCUGUAGAACCAUAAACGUACCAAAUGAGACUGGAACCGAUCAGAACACUCCAGAUCGUCCAAAAGAGUGAUUGGUCUUGAUCUCCACAGGUCACAUUUUAUAUCACAUCAGUGUAAAUUCUGUUGUAAAUCCCUUUCCAGAGACAUUUGUGUUGUUUAAAACCAACCGAGUUUGCUUUGGAUGACUCUACUGGAGCGUUUCAACUUCUUUCUCAGGUUUUUGGUGCUGAGUUUCUUUUAAGUGUGUAUGAUUUAUAUUCUUGAGUCUUGGUGAAUUAAAUUUGACAGAAGCCAAAACGGUUAUCACCAACGAUAUAAUAAAAUGAUGAUAUUUAAUAACUUCUGAGGACAAAGAAGUCCCAGUAACAGACAUAUUUCCUUGCGUAUCUGUGGGUGAUAACCAUCAAUUUAUCCGUGAUCUUUAGUGCUAAUUUCCACACUAAUAUAAUGUCAUAUAAAUGUCACAUUGUGCAUGUCUGAGCAGGUGGAAGAAUAUGGUAAUCUCAGAUUUCAUCUAUUUCAUAUUCCAUAUCUUUCCUUUCAUAAGUCUGCUGAUUUAGCAGCCGUACUUUCGUACUCGUUACUCUAUGAAAGCCGACCAACACGAUCAUAAGGGACUUAGGAGACCCACCAGAAAUGUCUACUUAUCAGUAGCCGGCAGUUCAUCCAAAAUUAAAAAAAUAAAAUGCUGAAAAUGUACUCACCCUCAGGCCAUUCAACAUGAGUUUGUUUCUGUAUCGAAACACAUUUGGAGAAAGGUAGCAUUACAUCACUUGCUCACCAAUGAAACCAUCUGCAGUGAAUGGGUGCCGCUAGAAUGAGAGCCCAAACAGCUGCAAACAAUAGUUUGAUGUCGAUGAUAGAUUGGGGUAGUGUGGAUUACUUGUCGAUUAUCAUUGUUUUUUCCCCUGAGCUGUUUGGACUCUCAUUGUGACGGCACCCAUUCACUGCAGAGGAUCCACUGGUGAGUAGCUGAUACAAAGGUUGAGUACAUUAUGACUUUUAGGUGAAAAUUCCUUUAAAAGUUGCCUAACCUCUAAGGAAAUACAGACAGUCCCAAGCACUCAACACACACGGCUAACAUUACAGAGCUGAAAUGAGACCUUGUCUGUGAGCUGUCUGCAUUCAGCUUCAGUGAGCACUGUCAACAGUGCAAGACAAACACUCUGAGGUGGGAAUGAUUCAAGUCCAAGGUCUGCCACAUCACAGAGAAAUAAAUAUAUGCCCAGAGAUAGUAAAUGACCUUUCAGAUGUGAAAUUCCCGCACUCUAAUUUGAAGGAUGCUGCUCUGUGACCGACUGAAUGGUUUUUGUGACUGAUGUUAGCAUGGCGGAGCUCUUUCAAAAGGAUAUCAGAUCAUGUGAAUGCAGAGCUGAAAUAUUAAUCAGACCUCAUCAUGAUCAUGCCAUUCAUGAGCUCUUUACGUUAAGCGCGAGACCGUUCUUCAACAUGCAGUAGGUCAAAACUGCUGUAUGUGAACGAAAAAAUAAAUAUAUGCAAAUAUUUAUCCUGGUUUUAUUUGAUUGUUAAAUAUGAGGAAUUGCAGAGAUGAACACACCUUUUCCUUGUUAGCGUUGUGCCUUGCGUGCAUUUAAAAAAAUAUAUAAUGUUGAAGUGCAAUCGAAUAGAUUCAGUAUCGACCCUGGAAACUGCUUGGGAUGCUUUUUGCAAACAACCGACUCGGUUUUACUCAUUAAAUUGAGUUAUUUUAGGGUUUCGAAAGACAUCAGAUCAUCUUUUGAUCAGUUCAAUUAAUCAUCAGUAUCUCAGUUGUGUUUCAAGUGAAAUUGCCCAAUGAUUUCUGGUGAAUUUCGUAACAGGUUAAAGUACAUAGGUAGGUUGUACUGUAGAUUAUUAGAGUAUCAUUUUGGUAUGUCAGCUAACUUUUUAAAACACUAAUAUUGUGACGGUGAAGAUGCUAUUGACAGUGAUGUCAUUUUAACUGCUGGGAUGUAUGGUACAAACCACAGACUGUGGCACUACAACCUUCACAGCCAUCGGCAGUAGUGUACAUAUAAUGGCAUUGCAAAUCCAUUUAAGUAACAAACAGGUAUAAUUCAGAAUGUAAGUGUUUUGCUUAAUUUUUUUAAUCUAUAUAUUUAUAUUUAUUGUUGUCUGAGGGAACAAAAUAGCAGACGUUCAAUAACAGCACUCUGGAGUUUUGCUGACCUGAUUUUAAAACUGCUGCAAAUAUACAUGCUUCAUCUAAUCAUAGCAACAGUGUUUCACCCAAAAUCUCUUGGCAAAAAGUAUUUUACCCUCCCUGGCAAAACUGUAUUGUAUGUUUGUAUUUAUUUUUCUGACUGUCACUAUCUAGUUACGAUUGUAAAGUGUAUGAUACCUUAACAUUUGCAACACACAGCUCUUUCAAUGUGCAUGUACAGCCGUAGUUGUAUUUUUCUUUUUUUUACUAUUGGAAAAUAAGUACAAGACUGUUGUAUGUGUUCUGUGUAAUAAAGUUAAGAAUAUUUUCUUCUA